AUGCCAUCUUCAAAGCCAUUGGAGGAGUUCUACAAUGUCAAGAAGCUUCUAGGUGCAUUUACAGAUGCUAUCGAAGCCUUCGAGAAAACUCACAUUCUUCAUGGCGAUGCUAGUCCUGGAAAUAUUCUGAUUGGUGAAAAUGGUCGCGGGCUUCUGAUGGACUGGGAUAUAACUCCGGAAGCCAGGGGCGUUGAUCCCAAUGCCACUCGUUUAGUUCCUGCAGACCCUGCCCUCCCAGCUGCUGUUAAAAGUGCGCUCGACAUCAACGCGGAGGGACCAUUCUAUAGAAUCACCAUCAAGGCAAUGUCUUUUAUUAUUGCGGCGCCACAGUUUAUGGCAACUGCCUCGCCGACUGGACGCUCAACACGCACAUUCAAAGCCUAUGACAUGCAAACUAAAAAAUAUGUGUUCAUGAAAGACAGCUGGCGGAUUCUUUCGCGUUCUCUGAAACCCGAGCAUGAAACAUAUGCUACUUUAGCUGCCGCUGGAGUCCACCAUAUACCAACAGUGCUUACAUACGAUGACAUGGACCUUCAGGAGACGAAAACCUGCCUAGAUGUCAAAAAAGAUACCAAGCGUGGAGAUCGUCCUGAUAAGUUCCGGAGUUUUAGGCAUUAUCGAUUAGUCCUCAAUGAAUAUGCAAAACCUCUCGAAGAAUUCAAGGAUAUGAAAGAGCUUCUCACUGUGUUUUCUGACACGAUCCAAGCUUACCAUGAGGCGUGCGAGCUGGGCCAUAUACUUCAUCGUGACGUCAGUGCAGGGAACGUCAUGAUUGAUGACGAUGGGCAUGGUCUCCUGGUGGAUUGGGAUUUGUCGAAGUCUACCAAGUUGCCCAUUGAGCAAAGUGAGGGGCCUAGCCUGCCUGAGCGUACGGGAACUUGGCAAUUCAUUGCCUAUCGCCUUGUUGCUGAAAGUGGGCCCAACGACACUCUUCCGAAGCCAUUACACAAUAAGGACGAUGAUCUGGAAUCCUUCUGGCACGUCUUGUUCUGGACAGCUCUUAGACGUGCCGAACAUGACAAAGAAACGGAACACAUCAAACAUAUUCUAUUCGACGUGUACGAUAGGAGACGCAUUCUUGCAGAUUCUAAAUACACACCAAGUGUUACAAAGAAGUAUAUCUUACGCCAGAGCCAGUACAUCACCAGUGAAUUCCAAUUCACCUCUUCCCCUCUUGCCACCACUCUUGAGAAUUAUCUCGCUGUGAUCAACAAAAGAUAUAUUAUCACUGAAGCUUCAAAGCAGCUACUUGUGUCAUGGAGAGAUGCCUUCUUAAAACAGAACAAUGAAGCUGCAACAGACGAACAAAUUGGCUUACAUUUGUUGUCAAAGAUUUACUCUCACAACAUGAAAACGAAGGAUCUCAAUGACAGGAUUGCUUUAAUUGAUCCGAACGAAUUCUUGCUUUCGCUUCAACCCAACUGGGCAGCAAAACUUUUGGAGGACGUGUUUUCAACUACCGAUGUCAGUCAACGGAAUCACGGGGGCUCCAACCAGCGUCGGCUUGAGUUAUUGACUUAUCAAAAAAGCUCGAUGCAAAAACGCAGAUCGGAAUCUCAGUAUUCUGCUAUGUCGAGCGAGAACGAUGAUGAACGUGACGGAAAGCCACGUAACAAAAGGGCGCGCAAGACACCAGCGCUUUCGAGUAUCAACGAAGAGGGAGGCAAAUUUGGUAACCCUGUAUAG